AUGUCAUCUCAUCCACCAAGUCAGAGACCCUCCUCAACCACAUUAGUGAUAGACUUUGGCGACGAACCAAGUAAUCUGAAAUUAGAUCCCUCGCGAUUUGACGACAUUGAGCUCGAAGAUGGCUCGAACUCCGCCGAGUCCGCAUCUCUCCCUUCAACACAAGAGCAACGGUCGAAGCCACCAGGAGGACCACCAGCAGGUCCACCGCAGAGCCAUGAGUGGGUUCAAGGACCGAAGUUGAUAUUCAUGAUGACUGGUAUUACGUUGGUUGCGUUCCUGAUGUUACUCGACACAUCUAUCAUUUCGACAGCUACACCUCGAAUUACUAGUGAAUGGACGUUUCUAUCAUUCUUUCUUGUUUUUGAAAUCGGCUCGCUCAUUUGCGCCGUCGCAACCUCGUCUACAAUGUUGAUUGUCGGUCGUGCAGUGGCUGGKAUGGGAGGAUCUGGUAUUCAAAAUGGUGCUUUCACUAUUGUCGCUGGAGCAGUACCAAUGCCUAGAAGACCAGCUCUUAUGGGUCUCCUGAUGGGAAUUUCGCAAUUAGGUAUGGUUGCUGGACCGCUGGUGGGAGGUGCAUUGACCUCCUACGUUUCAUGGCGAUGGUGUUUCUAUAUCAAUCUCCCGGUUGGAGGACUAGUUGCAGUUCUCCUAGUCUUCCUCAGUAUCCCCGAACAAAUCCCAAAGCCUAAAGGGCUGAAAAGCGUCAGCACAGUUCUAGGAAAUCUCGAUUUGAUCGGCUUCACGCUUUUUGCCCCUGCCGCCAUAAUGUUUCUUUUGGCUUUACAAUACGGUGGUAGCACUGACCCAUGGAACUCGGCUACCAUCAUCGGUCUGUUCGUCGGCGCUGGCGUGACUUUCAUCAUCUUUAUGCUCUGGGAAUAUCGCGUCGGCGACAAUGCCAUGAUUCCAUACUCCAUUUUUACAAUCCGAACAGUAUGGGCUAGUUGCGUCACUUACGGCUUCCUUGCAGCUCUUUUGCUUUGCGGCUCCUACUACCUGCCAAUCUACUUCCAGGCUAUCAAAAAUGCUAGCCCAAUGAUCAGUGGUGUUGACAUUCUUCCGAGUAUUAUCAGUCAGAUGAUCUCUGCUAUCUUAUCCGGACAGCUGUUGGGAAGAAUCGGUUAUUAUUUGCCAUUGACCGUCCUUGGUGCUUCUCUGGCCGCUGUAGGCAACGGGCUGAUUUCGACCUUUUCAACGACAACCAGCACAGGAAGAUGGAUCGGAUAUCAAAUUAUUCUGGGUGUAGGUCGCGGCAUUGGAUUACAGAUGCCAAUUAUCGCGGUGCAAAAUACACUAAAGUUGCAACAAGUUCCGACAGCGAUGGCAUUGAUCAUGUUUUGCCAGUCCUUCUUCUCAGCAACAUUCCUCAGUUUUGCAGAUGUCAUCUUUAAUAAUAGUCUCCGAACGAUCAUCCCGCAACAAGCUCCCGAUAUCAAUGUCGAGGCAGUCAUUCAAGCUGGUGCCACUGCAUUCCGAUCUGUUGUACCAGCGUCGGACCUGCAAGCUGUCUUGAACGCUUACGCCACGAGUGUUGAUCAUGUCUUCUAUCUCGCAGUAGGAGCUUCAUGUGCCGCUUUUCUGACUUGUUGGGGCAUGGGCUGGGUAGACAUACGGAAGAAACAAGGGCCUCCAGGAGCUCCAGGGGGACCCGGAGGCGCAAAGCCACCUCCACCUGCUGAGGAUAGACCCAAGACUGAUGUUUAG